AUGUUGCAUGAAAUCAAAAAUAACAUCUUAUUUUGUUUUACAUUUCAUUCAAAUAUGUUUUCAUUUUUAAAGAAAAAAAAAGUGAGAAAAUCGGAUAAAAAGGGUGAUCAUCAUGGAUUUACAAGUACAAGUAGUGAUGAUCAUCAACAACAACAACAACAACAACAACAACAACAUCAUCAUCAUCACCGUGGAGAAAAUAAAGAAAAUUUAAUUGAAACAAAUGGAAAACCGAUAUCUAAUAAAUCUGAUAAUGAUUCCGGUGGUUUUGAUUAUUCACAAAUAAAACAAUAUUCGUGUUCCGAUGAUAAUUCGUUUAAUGAUAGAACACCAAUUCGAACAUCGUCUCCGUUGAUUGAUCGAACAAGUGGCGGUGGUAUGGGUGGAGGAAAAGGAGGAUUAACAACAUCUAUAGUAACGGAUACAGCUACAUUAUGUGAUCAAUCAGCAGAAAUGCAUAUUGAUAUUACAAAUGGAAAAUGUUGCGAUUCAAGUGAACCAAGUCCAAGAGAUUUAACAGAUGGUGUUCUACAUAGUUGUUUACCACAUAAAAGUUGUCUAAGUGGUGGCUAUACAACUAGUCAGAUAAGUGGCAAUGAUUUAAAUCGGGUGCUAACGUCAGGAUAUAUUAAUGGUGAAGAAAAUAUGGGCUAUUUAAGACGAUGUGUUGAUCAUAAAACUCCACAAUCGCCACAUUUUCAUCGACCAAGAAUGAAAGCAUUGGUGACCGGUCAAUGUCAAAAAAUUCGAAAAAUAAGAAAAUCUGAUUCACCUCAACAUCCACCAUCUUCUGCAACAGACUUAAAAAAUGAAGAACCAAUUUUAUUAUCUCGUUAUUCGGGCGGCUAUGUCCCAGAUCCAAAUGCACCAAAGAAAAUCGAAGGACUCGAUUGGCCUGGACCAGUCGCCAUACAAGCAAUGCCAGAAUUAAUGAAAUCUCAUCGUAGUAGAAGUGAAUCUCGAACAACCGAUAAAUCUCAUCAUCAUCUUCGUACACAUAAUAAUAGUCAUAGUCAAUGUUCACAUGAACCAAACACCGAUGAUAUUAUAAAUAUGCAACAUGAUGAUGAUGAUACGACAAUAACAACCAAUACAAUUAACGGCGGCGACGAAUUUGAGAAUGGAGAUGACGAUUACGAUGAAACAGAUAAUGUCGAUGAAAAUGACAUUCGACGAGAUCUAAAAUUAGAAAAAGAUAUUAAAAUUAUGUCUAAAUUAAAAGAUUCAUCAUGGAUGGCACAUGCCGUACUAGAAGAUUUAAAAAAUCAAGAAAAAUUCAUGUCAAAACAAUUACCACUCGAUCCAUGGAAAUCUUCGCGAUCACCAUCAGCUGCUGUUGAACCACCGAGAAAAACACGUUAUGAUUCACCAAAAUUUGCCUCGCCGUCUCGCGUACAUACACAUUCGUCAAACGAUGAAAGUCUUCUUCUAUCACCAACAGUUUCAUCAUCGGUGGUCGGUGGUGGAAGUAAACGGAUUACAUUACCACGUUGUCACGAACCGAUUAAAUAUGAUCUAUUACGUCAUACACCAGUUUUGAGGCCUGGAUAUGGUUUGUCUCCGUCAGCGAAAGCGCAAACAUUACCAACUGGACUAGUAAUGCAACGAAGUUGUGAUAUGGAUAGUACAGAUUUAGGCACCAGUUCAUAUUAUUCAACUGAAGAUCAUAAUAAAUCAGCUAAAACAGUCGAUGUUGGUUUAGCCGAUGGAAGUUACACACAACAAUAUCUUGAUUCUAGACAUGCACAUUCUACACGUUCAGCUCCAAAUUUAGUUGGAAAUCCAAAAGUUUAUCCAUAUGAAGAACUAAAAGUGAUGACAAAAAAACGUUUACCAGUCGAUGUUGACCGAGAUAGGUUGGAACGUCAUUUAUCCGAUAAUGAAUUCCAUACACUAUUUCGAAUGUCUCGAAACGCUUUUUAUGCAUUGCCUGAAUGGCGUCGAAUUGAAAUAAAAAAACGUUUAAAAUUAUUCUAA